AUGUGUUCUCGAAAUUUGGCUAUAUCAGUGGCGCUAAUUUUAGCAUUAGUUCCAUUGAUCAAUUCAUUACCACAACAUAGUUUAGCGAAACGGAGCACAUUUUUCGAAAUAGAAUGUAAGGGAGUCUUCAACAAAUCCAUUUUUUAUCGAUUAGAUAGAAUAUGUGAGGAUUGUUAUUCAUUGUUCAGAGAACCUGAAUUGCAUACACUUUGCAAGAAGAGGUGCUUUACCACAGAUUACUUUAAAGGAUGCCUGGAUGCGCUUCAGUUAACAGAUGAAAUAGAAAAAAUUAAAAACUAUAUAAAACAAGUGAAUGGAGCCCAGCCUCCGAUUCUAAAUCAUUAAACAAUAAUGCAUUACCUGCACGACAGCUUAAAAUAUUUAAUAUAAAGAAUAAAAAAAAACAAUACAACAUCAACAGUGGAUUGGAUCAUUGCACGAAAUAAAAAAGAGAAAUUUAAAGCAGAUAUUACGAGAACAAUCGAUGUUAAAUGGCAAAUUGAAAUAAAAGUGCAGAAAUAACGACAGUUGAACAGAAAACGUGCAUCAUCAAACAAUUAUAAAUGAUUAGGAACGAUUAAUUUAUUAUUUAUAUUGUAAAGUAAAGGUUUCUCAGAGAUUAUAAAAAUUCUAUAAAGAGGAAAACGA